UACCAUCCUCCCAGGUCGUGUUGGAGGGGUGGUCUGGAGUAAGACGUCUCCCCGUUCCAGAGAGUUGUUGGAGAAUGCGUCGUUUGCUCAUAAAUUUUUUGUUAAAAAACGGCAAAUUCUAAUGUAUCAAUAAAUUUUUUUUUUUUUUUUUUUUUUUUCUAUCACUCGAAACUGUCCCAAAUUUCUCGAAUAGUUCCCAAAUAUUUAGAUACUAGAAUCCGCCGAUGUGAAUUUUAUUGAGCGGAACCUUCGAUAAUUUUUCUCUGAGGAAUCCAGGGGAAUUAAGAAUGUCUCCUGAUAAAUAAGUUAAAGUGAAUCGAUUAUGUUUCCCUUUUAUUAUAUUUUUUUUUCUUUCUUAUUUAUUUAUUUUUUUGUUUUCCUCAGGGCUUCGCCCCGAAUCGGGGAAUGGAUCGGGUCGACAGACAGCUCGACGAUCCCGUGUUUCGGUUUGUACGGGUCAUCAGAUGGCUCGUCGGUCCUGUCGCUUCACGCCCGGGGACUGGAAAGGCAGUUUAUCCAUUUCCCCUAAUAUCGCCCUUUGGUAUCGGCGUAAGUUGGGGCUAUCGGAGUUCUUUACCGGCGCCUUGUUAGUGGGACCGGCGCGACGCAUUUUGGAAGGAUCGGGUGAGUCCCCUUUUCGUUAUGUGGACAUCCCGACUGCCCAUUGUCCUUUCGCGGAGCAACAGGCCUGGAGGUUCUUCGACCGCGUCGGGCUCGUGAACCCGCGGGCUGCUGGCCGUUCUGCUGGGCAUUGUCCAGCUGCUGAGCGUGAGGUUCGGGUCAUCGGCGAUGACCACUCCCAGGAUGGUGGCCAUCCUGAACGACCUUUGCCCGUGAUGCCUGGACCGUCUUCCUUCGGGUGGGGUGGAUCUCGCCCAGGUGCUGGACGUCCUCGAGGUUCCGGCCGUCGACGAGGAUCCGGACGUCGUCGAGCAUCCGGACGUCGUCUCCCAGAAUCCCGACAGUCGUCGGUGAUUCCUUCUGGUUCAGCUGUUGCUCCAUAGCUGGAGUCUUUUCCCUGGGAAAACGUUCAAGAGGUUACUGACCUCUGGCUUACCCUGACGGUGGAGGGUUAUUAUCGUGUCCCUCUGUUCUCCCAUUCUGCCCAGUGUCUUUUGUUUAAUCUCUUCUACGAUGCUUGUUGGGAUCGUGUGGAGAGUAUCCUCAGGAUGGGUUUUAUUCGUGAGGCUCGGCGACAGGAUAAUCUGCGCCUAUGGUUGUCGGGUGAUUUUUGUCUCCCCCGUCUCUUUAUUGAGGUUCAUCGUUCCCUGUCCGAGGCACAGGUCCCUGUCCGGUGGUGAGUUAUCCUCUUUUUUUUUCUUGGCUGAUUGCUAAAUUUGUGGCAUUUUUUUCUUAGGCUCCUCGUAUGUAUCAAUACGGGGAUGAUCCUCUGGAAUAUCUUCGAUAUUUGUCCGGGGAUCCUACUCUCGGGGAGGACAUUCUCGAUGAGUACGACUGGUUUGCCUUCUUUGAGUAUGUUCGUGGGGAUGCUUUUGUAUGUGUUUUUUUUUCUUUUUCUAUUUGUUUCUCCUGAUCGUGAUCCUUGUUUUUGCCAAUAUUUUUAUACUUUGUUUUCUUUUCAGGAUCGUAUUCGCGGUGUCUAAGGCUGAGGGAAUCCUCCCGGUUCUUUUGGUGCGGCCAUCGCAGUGACCUUCCCUGGUUUG